AAAAAAAAAACGUAUUUGUAAUAUUACUAUACCAUCUUAUAUUUGUAAAAACAUUCAUUAUUUUUAUUGUUUUUAGCUUUGAUGAAUUUAAAUCAAUUAAAACAUAAAUAUUGUCUGAAAUGCUGAAGUGGACAUUUACCUAUCUCCCCCACCCUAACGACGACAUAAUAUUACGUAAACAUUUGCAAGGAAUAAAUAAAUUCCGAGCGAGCACGUGUGCAUACGAAAUUUGUCGCCAAACUCAUACAAACACCAGCCAACAGCCACCAUCUCCCUUCCCCCAAACAGUGAUGUCAUUUUCGACCAAUAGCGUGAUCCGGCCCAAGUGAGAAUUAAUCGCUGGUCGGAAGUCACCUUCAAAGAACAAAAAAAUCACGCAUUUUUUAAAUAAAAGUCUACUACCUUCAGACAGAUUUGAAAGAAUAUAUUCCUUUUGUAACUUUAGUGAUGAAGAGUAUAUGGUGGAGUUAAGAGCUGAAUUGCCAUCAUCUGAUGAUGAUGAAGUUAAUGAUGAUGAUGUUGGGGAUCAUGAUGAUGAGGGUGAUGAUAUUGGUUAUGAGGUUAAGGAUGAGUUUAAUGAUGAUGAGGGAGAUGGAGUUGAGGAGCUGAUUAGUGAGGAAUUGUUCCUAUUCAGCGAUGUAAAGAUAGCGAAACUCUAUAAGAUGGAUGUAGAACACGAUAAGGACUCAAUCGAAUUUGGCAUUGAGGACGAUAGAUUGAAAAGUCAUGAUGGUCCCUUUUUAAGAGACGAAAUUGAUUUUUGGCAAAGAAGUGAUAUUGAGCUGACCACCAAUGAACAAUCGGAACAAAAUGAGAAAGGAUGCUUUCAUUUCUUCUCUCGAUUGUUCAGGAGGUUGUUCAAGCGAAAAUAAAUGACGACUGGUCUGAAAGUAAAUAAAGAUUUGUUUUAAAGUAAAUCACGACUUGCCUUAGUAAAUCACGCCUUUUCUGCAAAUAAAUGAAGACUUUGCUGUAACACCUAAAAAAUUAUAUGACUGCUCCUUUCCAAAGUCUGAAAACUUUUAAUCAAGAAAAUUUAAUAUGCAAAUAUUUAAACUGCUGUAAUUCUUUAACAUCGGUAUAUUGAUUAUCAA